AUGAAAAACUAUUCAUUGAAUUCUACGGCCAAUGAGAUCAAAAACCGUUGGACUUCAAUGGUUAAAAACGUUUACGAAAACACAUUUAAAUUAUUAGAGAAAUAUAACGUUGUAGAAGCCGGAAAUACAGGUGGUGGUGAAUAUCCGAACCAAGAUGGCUUUGGAUGGACCAAUGGUGUUUAUUGCGCGUUCGAUGAAGAAAAAGAUCUUUAA